AUGACCACCACUGUGACAAUCACCGCUCAACAACCUGAUAUUCAGUACGCCCCCGACGUGAACAAAUGGCAUGCUCGCACGGAGCGUCGCUUACGCACUGAAACCCUUCCUGCUGAGCUUCCUUCUGGCUUUCCGGCAAAGCUCGAGUCGGAUCUAGUCUGGGAGGGCAAAGACAUCGCAGAGCGAUACAACUGGACGUACGUCCUGACCGAGGCAGAUCUCGAGGAGAUUGACGCUGCAGUGCGGCAUUUCAAGUCGUUGAACAAACCCCUUGGUUUCAUUGAUCCGGAGACCUUCCCUCUACCUGCGCUGCACUCAACGUUACGUGAUAUCUCGCAGGAGCUUCACAACGGACACGGAUUCAAGGUUGUCAGCGGUGUGCCAGUCGACAAGUACUCGCGCGAAGAAAAUAUCAUUAUUUAUGACUCGUCCUAUGAUGGCACACCGGCAGACGUGAUGCUCAAUCAUAUUAAAGACUUGAGCACCCAGGAGCAGAGCAAAGGCCGCAUUGGGGCGCCAGCGUAUACCACCGACAAACAAGUCUUUCACACCGAUGCGGGGGAUAUCAUCUCCCUAUUUGCGCUCAAUACGGCCGCGGCGGGCGGCCAGAGCAAGCUGGCCAGCAGCUGGCGUGUGUACAAUGAAUUGGCGGAAACGCGACCUGACCUCAUUCGUACGCUCGCGGAGAACUGGACUCUUGACGGAUUCGGCAAUCCUCAGAACCCAUAUCAUGAGCGCCCGUUACUCUUUCAUCAGGCAGCUACUGGCAAGCAGCCUGAGCGCGUCCUGAUUCAAUAUGCGCGACGCAACUUCACUGGAUUUCAGGACCUGCCCAGGUCCAAGAAUAUUCCUCCGAUCACUGAGGCACAUGCGGAGGCCCUCGAUUCGUUGCACUUUUUGGCCGAGAAGUACGCAGUCGGGCUUGACUUCCGCAAGGGUGACAUUCAGUACAUCAACAACCUGAGCAUCUUCCAUGCUAGAGAUGGGUUUCAGGACACCCCGGAGCAGCAGCGCCAUCUCGUCCGCCUCUGGCAGCGUGAUCCCGAGUAUGCAUGGCAAACCCCCGAGCCGUUGAUUAGAACUUGGAAGCAGCUAUAUGACGGAGUCACACCUGAGGCUCAGGUCUUCCCUCUCGAGCCUUAUAUCAGGGGCUCGGCGGCUGGGGGCAGAAAGGAGUAG